UUCUUUACAUGAAUCUCGCAAUGCAUUGUGGUAUAUUGUUAUGGCUGAUAUGGCAACAAGAACAUCGAUAUGUCAAAUAGAAAUAUAAUUUUAUUUUACUUAUAUUAAAACCCGUUAAAAGAAAUGCUUUCGUCUGUCCAUCUUGUCGGAGACGAUGAAGGGGAUAUAUAUGAUUUCAAUGAUGAAAAUCCUGCUUUUGACUUUAAGAAUCUCGAAGAAGAUGAAGAAUUUCAGCAGGCGGUCAAAACAAGCCACGGACAAAGACCUGGAGUUAAAACUGGUGUCGCAGGAUUUCGUAUGGGAACUUCAUCUGGAAAGCGAGGAUUUCUUGGUUCAUCAAGUGGUCGUCCGGCAACAGGAUUUGCCAUAGAUGCAAAUCAAGCUCGACCAAUGACUGCUGUCCGUGGAGCUGGUUAUUCAUCCGCAGGAAAUCGAUCUGCUGCUGGAAAUGCAUUUGAUCCAUUCAAUCAAGGCGUUAAGGGUCCUGCACCUCCUCUAGAAAAGAAGGCCGAAGACAGUCCAGAAGAAAAGGUCAAGCAAAUGGAAAGGAAAGUAAAUGAAUUGAUUGAAGAAAGUUGUAUUUCGUGUGGCUGUGGGGAACUGGAACUAGCUUUAGAGAAAGCGAAAGAUGCAGGACGUAAAGAGCGUGCAUUGUGUCGUCAACGUGAACAAACAUCUGUAAAUGAUCAAAUAAAUCUUGAUCUUACAUAUUCAGUUCUUUUCAAUUUGGCCGACAUGUACCAUAAAAAUCAAAUGUACUCCGAAGCUCUCAAUACGUAUCAAGUAAUUGUGAAGAAUAAAAUGUUCAGUAAUGCUGGCCGUCUUCGCGUCAAUAUGGGAAAUAUACAUUAUGAACAGGGGAAACUACCUCAGGCUAUUAAACAUUAUAGAAUGGCGUUGGAUCAAGUUCCCAUCACUCAUAAGGAGAUGAGGAUUAAGAUUAUGCAAAAUAUUGGUGUGGCGUUUGUUGAACUAAGUCAGUACAAUGACGCUGUGACGUCAUUUGAGCAAGUUAUGAGUGAAAGUCCAUCUUUAAGUUCAGCCAUGAACUUAGUAUUAUGUUACCAUGCUCUGGGUGAUCGAGAGAAAAUGAAAAAGACAUUUCAAAAGAUGCUUCACAUAGAGCUUAACAUUGACGACGAGGAGAAAUACUCCACUAAUGGGGACGACCCUCAACAUGCUCUUGUGUUGGAGAUUAUUAGAAAUGAUAAACUAAGACAAUGGGAAAGAGAAAGGAAAUCAAAUGCUGAAAAGUUUAUUGCGUCUUGUGCUAAGCUUAUUGCGCCUGCAAUUGAAUCGACAUUUGCUGCAGGUUUUGAUUGGUGUAUAGAUUGUGUGAAAGCCUCACCGUAUCUAGAGCUGGCGAAUGAACUGGAGAUUACUAAAGCUAUUACCUUUUUGAAGGAAAAAGAUUUCAAUAAAGCUGUUGAAACGUUGAAAGGAUUUGAGAAAAAAGAUUCCAAAAUGCAAUCAACUGCCGCAACAAAUUUGUCGUUCAUGUAUUUCCUGCAAGGAGAACUUUCACAAGCUGAAAAAUACGCUGACAUGGCCAUCACCGUCGACAGAUACAACCCAUUAGGUUUGGUGAACAGAGGGAACUGUUACUAUCGUCAAGGAAAUUUGAUGAAAGCGAAGGAAUAUUACCAGGAAGCGUUGAAUGUGGAAGCAUCGUGUACUGAUGCUCUUUAUAAUAUUGGCUUAGUUUAUAAAAAAAUGGAGAACUAUGAAGACGCCUUGGAUUGUUUUUUAAAGUUGCAUGCAAUUUUACGAAAUAAUGCUCAAGUUAUUUGGCAAAUAGCAAACUUAUAUGAAAUACUUGAAUAUGUUGACCAAGCAACUGAAUGGUAUAUCCAGUUGGUAUCUUUGGUACCAACUGAUCCGUCUGCGUUGGCUAAACUUGGCGAGAUAUACGAUGAACAAGGGGAUAAAUCACAGGCAUUUCAAUAUCAUUACGAGGCCUUUCGUUACUUUCCUUCCAGUAUUGAUAUCAUCUCUUGGCUUGGUGCUUACUAUAUCGACUCGCAAUUUUGUGAAAAAGCCAUUCAGUAUUUUGAGCGAGCGUCAAUCAUUGAACCAACGAAGGUAAAAUGGCAGCUAAUGAUUGCUAGUUGUCAUCGAAGAAGCGGUAAUUAUCAGCAAGCUUUAGAGACGUAUAAAUCAAUACACCGAAAAUUCCCCGAAAAUAUCGAAUGCUUAAAGUUCUUAGUAAGAAUCUGUACCGAUCUGGACCUUAACGAUGUUCAGGAGUACGCUCAGAAAUUGGCGAGAGCUGAAAAGGCUAAAGAAUUAAAAGAAAAGCGUGUUCUUAGUGGUGGUAAAGUGAACAAAAGACAUAGUAUCUCAUCUCGUCAAAAUAGUGCUGGCAGCGACACAAAUCGUGUGAAUAGUGGUCAGGAAAAAAAUAGAAAGAAUCUUUCUGCUGCUAACAAUCAAAGAAUGAAAGCUCCAUCGACAUUUUCUGACACAUCUGAACCCGAACCUUUUGCUGUUGCAUCCCCCAAAAAUAUCGACGCAUCAUACGUCGAUCCUCUCGGUGAUGCGCCUCCACGACCGAAGACGGCGGCAAGACGUAAUCAAGUAGCCACAGAAGACGAAUUUGGAGAUGAGGAGCUUGGAGAUGAUCUUUUGCCUGAUUAGACCAUAGAAAUAGAAUACAAUCUUUAACACAAGAUGAUAAGUAUCGUGAAACAUAACGGUGGUCGAAUUUGUUCAUGUUCAAUUCAUUCACAAAUGAAUUGAGAAAGUCUAGCUUGUGAUCUUAACAAGCGAUAUCAUUGAAUUGAAUGAUUUUUCUUCAGCAAUCCAACUUUCAUGCUCAUAGUAACUGAAAAUAUUUAAUUGCGUUGGAAAUGCCUUGGGGCGCAUUUCUUAUGUUUUGUAAAAAGGGACAGCUUAUUUGCUUCUAUUAAAUAUCGCAUUUUUAGUCGUGAAUCAAUUCAUGAAUAAUUGUGUUGGUAAUAAAUAGAUAUUCACUUUGAGUAAAAA